CGCGUCUGCGAAACGCGACGCCACCAUUUUUAUUAAUCUGUCUCUUGGUGGAGCUCGAAGCCCGUGAGAGAGCAUCACAAAGAGAAAAAGGCUUCAACAAUGGCUGAUCCUGAAUUAGAAGCUAUCAGGCAAAGGAGAAUGCAGGAGCUCAUGGCUCGACAUGGGGCGCAGGGAAAUCAGCAGAACAAUGAGCAGCAGAAAGCACAGGAUGAGGCUAGGAGGGAUGCGGAGGAACGUAGGCAGAUGAUGCUUACUCAGAUAUUGUCCUCUGAAGCUCGAGAGAGACUUGCUCGAAUUGCUCUUGUGAAACCUGACAAGGCAAGAGGGGUUGAAGACGUUGUCCUAAGGGCUGCUCAAACGGGUCAGAUAGUCGAAAAGGUCUCGGAGGAACGGCUUAUAUCACUAUUGGAACAGAUAAACAGCCAAACUACCAAACAGACAAAAGUCACUAUCCAGAGACGUCGAGGUGUAGACGACGACUAAAUCGAAGGUGUCGAGGAUAAAAAUGCCGCUUGCUUGUAUAUCGAAUGGAAAUCGCCUUUUGAAUUGGUGAGUUGCGACGAUUUUAGUUAUGGUAUUGUGAAUCCUUUGAUUGGGAAGAAAUCUGAAUGAAACUUGACAUCAUUAUUGUAUCGUUUUUCCCUUUUUAUUUUGUUUCUCAUCCUGAACUAUUCUGAGAUAUCGUCUGAUUAGAAAAUGAAGAAAAACCUUAGCUUUUUUUUUUAUGUUUAGUGGGGCUUUUUCUAUGUAGCUGUAUAGGCAGUAGAAUAAGAAAGGUGCCAUUGGUGAA